AUUCAAGAAAUCUGGGCAACCUUUAAGUCUGCCGACGUUUUUCAACGCUCAAUUAUUCUCCAGGGACUCUUGUCAACCUGCUCUACUUCUCAACUCUCAUACUUAUCCGAAACCAUUCAACCUCUCCUCCGCGUUGAUUUUACAAAAAUACUCCCUUCAGAAAUCAUCUUCCAGAUCCUUGGCCACCUCGACGCUCAAUCACUUUGUAACGCAGCUCAAGUUAACAGUCGUUGGAAGACAUUUGCAAAUGAUGAUAGUUUAUGGCAUCGAAUGUGUGUCCAACACAUCGAUCGAAAGUGUACAAAAUGUGGAUGGGGACUUCCUUUAUUACGCAAACAAACCCGUGCGGCAAACAAGCGAUCCCGCGAAGAAGAACCAUCACCAUCAUCGAAACGAAUUGACCGUAAAGCAUGGAAAGAAGUCUAUAGUGAACGUCUGGUUGUGGAAAGACAUUGGCGCAAGAACCAAAAGACCCACAGAAUCAUCAAGGGGGGACAUGGCAAGGGUAUUACUUGUUUACAAUUCUGCGAGUCUCUCAACCUGGUUAUGACAGGUUCCCACGACAAAACAGCCGUUGUGUGGGAUCUUGAAACCGGAGAGAAGCUCCGUACACUGAAUGGACAUGUUCGCUCUGUCAGUAGUCUUCAGUUUGAUACUUCAAAACUUGUUACUGGAUCUAUGGACCACACACUCAGAGUAUGGAACUAUCGCACCGGCCAAUGUAUUCGUGUUCUUCAAGGCCACACUGAUGGUGUAGUUCACAUCAAUUUUGAUUCUCGCAUCCUUGCUAGUGGAUCUGCCGAUGCCACUAUUAAGAUUUGGAACUUUCAGACCGGUGAAUGUUACACUUUGUCUGGUCACACUCAGCGUGUUAAUCAUGUUCAAAUCCAGCACAACAGUACUAUGCUUGUGUCCUCAAGCGACGACAGCACCAUUCGAAUUUGGGACCUUGCAAAACGAGAAUGCACCCGUGUCCUUGAAGGCCACCGUGGGUCUGUUCAGAUCGCUAUCUCAAACUGUGACAGUGCCUCUAGUUCCCAAAUUGUCAUUUCUGGAUCUCUUGACAACACCCUUAAGGUUUGGUCUGUUGAUUCAGGUGAAUGUUACCGUACAUUGUUUGGCCACUUCCAAGGGAUCAAAUCCCUCGAUUACGACAAGUUACAUCUUGUUUCUGGUUCUCAAGACGGUAGCAUCAAGAUUUGGGAUAUUGAGAGCGGGUUCCCUAUGCAUUCUAUCCACAAACAUUCUGCUUCUGUCACAGCUGUCUCAUUAAGUGAUACCAAGGUGGUCAGUGCUUCGGACGAUGGUGAGAUCCAUAUUUGG